AGACAUUCCAAUUCUAAGUCAGUCUCCCCUCAAGAAAGCUGAAAGACGGACGACCUCGCAAGAUGCAGAUGAAGCUGACCUCGUCGCUAGUGCUGCUGUUGGCAGUGCUGUCAUCGGUGGUGUCAGAGCCGACCUAUAAGCGAAGGAGGCAACGGUGCUAUCCCAAGAUCCAGUAUGUGCCUCACUACGAAACGGUUUACCAACAGGUUCCGGUGUACGAGACGAUCUACCAGACCCAAGUCGUGCCAACCACGAUCUACCAGACACAGUACGUCACCCACUACAACACCCAGCACGUGCCACAGUACAUCCCCCAGUACGUCACGGAAACAGUGUACAAGACCGAUGUCCAGUACGUCACGGAGACCGAGUACCAGUACAAGACCCAGUACAGUCCCUAUUACGUCACCACGACAGCCUACGCCCCGCAGUACAUUACCGAUACCAAGUACCAGACCCAGUACGUCACCACGGUCCAGUACCAGACCCAGUACAGCACCCAGUACGUUCCCCAGUACGUGACCACGACACAGGUGCAGUACCAGACCCAGUACCAAACGCAGCUGGUACCUCAAUACGUCACCGUUACGAAGACGGUGCAGGGGUACCAAACACCGUGCCCGAAGUUACCUUAUGAUUACAUGAAGUGGAUGUUUGCACUCGUCGUGGUGUUGGCAGCGGUGACAACAGUGGUGCCAGAACCCAGCUUCAAACUCCGGCAGCAGUGCCAACCUCGGGUCAAAUAUUCGUACGUCACAUAUUAUCAGACGGAAUAUCAGCAGGUUCCAGUGUACGAAACCGCUUACGAGACCCAGUACGUCCCCGUAACAGUUUACGACACACACUACACCACGCUUUACGACACACGAUACGUGCCCCAGUACGUUCCGAAAUACGUCACGGACACAGCGUAUACAACCCAGGUCCAGUACGUCACCCAGACCAAAGUCCAGUACGAGACGGAAUAUGAGACGAAGUACGUAACCUCUCUCGCUUACGUCCCCCGGUACGUUACUGAUACCAGGUACCAAACUGAGUACGUGACCGAUGUGCAGUACCAGACCCAGUACACGACCCAGUACACUCCUCAGUACGUGACGUCGGUGCAGCUUCAGUACCAGACCCAAUACCAGACGCAGACGGUACCCCAGUAUGUCACCGUCACGUAUACCCAACAACCUUACCAGGCGCCCUGUGACCUCACGGCUUAUGGGUAUUAAGGGGUAGUCCUUUGAUACUUUCUGUUCUGUUAUCA